AUGGAUCCUUCUACUUCCCCAUCACCCAUGACAACACUUCCAAACUUUCCUGCACUUACUAACGCGGUUUUCGGCGGAUUUGGACAACCGACAAACAAUUACAUCGGCUUUUUAUUAGUCCUAGGUCCCGUGGUUGUAAUAAUAAUGGUCAUUAUUCUAUCGGCAGUUGUUGGAUGUGUUUGCAUCAGGAGAAAAAGAAAAAAUGAUGAAAUCAAUCAUGGUUACACAAAACCGGUAAGAGAAAGAUCUGGCUCGACUUCCAAUUACGCAGAAAUAGCAGGAUUGGACGCUACAAUUGAACCCCAAGCAGCCAGCACGCAACAAUUCAACCGCCUGACCUAUUCCUCUCCUCGAUUCAAUGCCCAAAUAGAAAAGAACACAUACGUUUGUCUCAAUUUUAGCGAACAUAGUAAAGAGAAACUAGAAGAACAAAAUGACUUGGAAAACACUGCGAACGAGUUCAAAAUCGACAAUGUGAACGCCAUUAAAAAUCAGAACCGCAGUUACGAAAAUGUUGUGAUGUGUGACGAAAGUGUGUAUGAAAAAAUUAACACCGCUAUCCUAAACAAUAGCAAUAAUGCGUACACUACUCUCAAGAUAGAGAAGUAG